UUGUUAUGUCAACUCAACAGUGGUCUCCCUGUCAAUUUUCAAAAUCCAGUGCGAAAGCAAAGAUCAGUGGCCGUUCAAGGCGGGGAAAAAAAAAACGAGGAGUCAUUUCCGAGCGGAUUUCACCUUCGGGAAGUGAACAACAAACAAUGUUGUCACACGGCAACCCGAACUCGUCAUCCUGGUCAUCGGCCCAGAAUCAGCACCCAGCAUUCCUCUACAAUCAAGCCGUCAACGGGAGUCGGUGUUCGUCCAACAGUUCCCCGGACUCGAACCAGAAACCCUCUCCAUCACACUCCCCGCUUCAACAGCGUUACCCAGACCCCGCAGGGUACUACAACGGCGCCACGACGGGCCCCGGCGCCCAAAUUUAUCAGCAGCAUUGGGCGCAGUCGGGUUACCAGCCCGGGGGUUUCGGGCAAACGAAUCUCUGCUCGCCAACGUCGUCGCCGAGUGGCGGCGGUGUCGGUGUCGGUCUCGGGGUUGGUGUUGGUGGCGGCAAUGCAGGAGGUGGUGGUCCGAUGUCCGCGGGGCAUGAUUGGAAGAUGAGUCAAUUCGUGGGGAAUGGCGGAGCUGGGAUGCAUCAUUUCGGGCAUCCUGAAUUUAGCGGCAUGCAGGCUGGGUACGAAGUGGCGGCUGCUGUCGCUGCUGCCAAUCAUCAACUUGGCAUGGCGAAUGCCUCGUCAGCGUAUUUCCCGUGGAUGAAGGGACUGACGAUUGAACAAGCCGGUGGACCGAAACGCACGCGUCAGACCUACACCCGAUACCAGACCCUGGAACUCGAGAAAGAGUUCCACUACAACAAAUACCUAACCCGGAAACGUCGCAUUGAAAUCGCCCAAGCCCUGGGGCUCACGGAACGCCAGAUCAAAAUCUGGUUCCAAAACCGACGCAUGAAAGCCAAGAAAGAAGCCAAGCUCACGUCGUCCUCCAUCACUUCAGUUGCGGCGCCUGAAUCGAGUUCUGGUGAGCUCGACGCCUGCGCGUCGCCCAUCGGCGGCGGCGCCGGUGCUGGAGGAGGUGGAGGCGGCAGCAGCAGCAGCAAUAAUGCUUCUGGUAAUGGCGUCUUGGCCUUGUCGCCAUCUACGUCGCCUACGUCGGGUGUUAUGAGUGCAUUGCGUGGCCUGGAUCCUCAGCAACGCAGCGGGGUUGGCAUUGGCGGCGGCGGCGGCGCUGCUGCUGCCGCCGCCGCCAUCGUUGGUUUCCAUGGCCACAACCACCACCACCACCACCAUCAUUUCCAGCCGGGUUUCGCGCAUGUUUUCAAGGACUGCGACUCGCAUGUUUCGGAGCAGGUUGAUUUGAAACCAUUCCCAGCUGCUGGGAUUCACGCCGACCUCGUCGUUCGUAAUUGAACAUUUUUUUUCUUUAUUGAUUUGGUCCAUGUCCGCAUUUUUCGUUAGUCCAUGUCGUCAAUUCUUGGGUAUCAUUAUGUAUGCAAUUAUGUAUUCGAGCUUCAGGAUCAUGCGGAAUCAUUUUUUGUUGUUGUUUUGUUCCGAUUUGCGAGGUAUUUGUUUUCUCUCAAAGUGAGACAGGUCUAACAUUGAGCGGUUCCUCAAACCAUUGCACUUCUGGGGGGCUUAAAUUACGGGAUUUUGAUUUUUUAUUUCGUGGACUUGCGUUUCGUUUUUCUUAUUUUAAGCGGUCA